AUGUCUGCUCCUCAAGAUAUUGCCUCCUCAUUUAAACAGGCCUUGAACCUCGAUUCUGGUUCGCCAAAUGCCGUUUCUACCUCGCCUACUCAAUCAUACUUGAGCCAGUUUGCCAACAGCCAGAAGAACUCCAAGGCAUUGAAGCCCUUUUCCACUGGAGACAUCAAAAUCUUGUUGUUGGAGAACGUCAACAUCACUGCUAUUGACCUUUUCAAGAACCAGGGUUAUCAGGUUGAGUUUUACAAAUCGUCUUUGCCCGAGGACGAGUUGAUUGAGAAAAUCAAGGACGUUCAUGCGAUUGGUAUCAGAUCCAAGACUAAGUUGACCGAGAACGUUUUGAGACACGCCAAGAACUUGGCUGUUGUUGGCUGUUUCUGUAUCGGUACGAACCAGGUCAACUUGGAGUAUGCCGCCAAGGCCGGUAUUGCCGUUUUCAACUCUCCCUUCUCCAACUCGAGAUCCGUGGCCGAGUUGGUCAUCGCUGAAAUCAUUACUUUGGCCAGACAAUUGGGUGACAGAUCCAUUGAGUUGCACACUGGAACCUGGAACAAGGUUUCCGCCAAGUGCUGGGAGAUCAGAGGGAAGACCUUGGGUAUUGUCGGAUACGGCCACAUUGGUGCACAGUUGUCCGUGUUGGCUGAGGCCAUGGGUAUGAACGUCAUCUACUACGAUGUCAUGAUGAUCAUGGCUUUGGGUAACUCCAAGCAGGUCGACUCCUUGGAUGAGUUGUUGCAAAAGGCCGAUUUUGUCACCUUGCACGUUCCUGCCACUCCUGAGACCAAGAACUUGUUGUCCACGCCUCAGUUUGCCGCCAUGAAGGAUGGCUCCUACGUGAUUAACGCGUCCAGAGGAACUGUGAUUGACAUUCCUGCGUUGAUUCAGGCCAUGAAGUCCGGCAAAAUUGCCGGUGCUGCCUUGGACGUGUACCCACACGAGCCUGCUAAGAACGGUGAGGGCCUUUUCUCCAACGAGUUGAACUCGUUCGCCGAGGACUUGUGUUCGCUUAGAAACGUGAUUUUGACUCCUCAUAUCGGAGGCUCCACCGAGGAGGCUCAGUCCGCCAUUGGUGUGGAGGUCGGCACAUCUUUGAUCAAAUACAUCAACGAGGGCAACACGGUCGGUGCCGUGAACUUCCCCGAGGUUGCCUUGAGAGACUUGGACUUGGACCAGGAGAACUCUGUCAGAGUGUUGUACACCCAUCAAAACGUACCCGGUGUGUUGAAGACCGUCAACAACAUUUUGUCCAACCACAAUAUCGAGAAGCAGUUCACGGAUUCUAGAGGUGACGUGGCCUACUUGAUGGCUGAUAUUUCUGACGUUGACAUGUCCGACAUCAAGUCCUUGUACGAGCAGCUAGAGCAAACUCCAUACAAGAUUGCCACCCGUUUGUUGUAUUAA